GCAACAGAAGCAAUGUUGACAUUCAACAGCGGAGCAGCUGGUCUUUUUUUUUUAUUUAAAUUUUUUUUUUUCCACGACACUUACUUAAUGAACAUUCCAGAAGCAGCACGCGCUUCUUUUUAACAGCAGCAAUAGCACGAGCCUUUUAUUUUGAAAUCCCAAAUGGCUGACAUCGCCAUUAAAAAAAAAUAGCACGUCUUGUGUCUUGACGCUGCAGACACAUCAAACAAAAACAACAAUUCUUGUAUUGUGUACCAUCUUGCACAAAAGACAACAAUAAAGGUUCAGGGCAGGUGGGAGGAGGACACCUGCGUGGACGUCUGGUGACGUGCUGCGUUCACAGACACCCUCAGGAGCACUCUGCGUCUGCUUCGUGUUAGUAAGUGACUCGCUCUUUCCACUUGUUAUUUCCAACAGAAGCACUCGGAGUGUUUUUUUUUUUGUUUUUUUUAGACAAUCAUUUCCAAGAGAAACAUUUCUUUCAAUGAAAAGUGGUUGCUUGAACGUGUCAUGCGUAAAUUUGCUUCAGUGUAUUUAACAUUCUUUGCAAGAAAUCCGAGCGUGUCGAUAAAAAACCACCUGCAAAUUGGAGGCAUUUCCUGUUUUGGCGCGCCAGUGUGAUAGGUGGGCUUGGAGACCUGUCAUGUUGGAAGGAGGAGGGGGAGAAGGCCCACCCCUCUUUGAAUAAAAACAAUGAGGGAGCGCUCCUCCGUCAGAGCGCGUGCGGCGUCUGUGUGGACACUCAUGGCUGAGUCCCGCCUCCUCUUGCUGAUGUGGACCUGCUGCGUCCUGCCAGAUGUUGACAUUUGCUUCAACUUCAACACAAAGCACGUAAAGAUCUUCUCUGGUUCAGAAGAGACUCAGUUUGGCUACACGGUGCAGCAACACGAGGCGGGAGGGCGACAGUGGCUGCUGGUUGGCGCCCCCCUCGAGUCCACGGGCAAGCAGCAGACCGGCGAUGUGUUCAAGUGUCCGCUGGAUAAGGGAAACUCCACCGCCUGCAGCCGACUCAACCUUGGCAGAGUGUCGCUGGAAAACGUGUCGGCGACGAACGACAGGAUGCGUCUGGGAAUGACGCUGACCUCUGACCCCCGAGACAGCAGCUUCGUGACUUGCGGGCCGCUCUGGUCCCACGAGUGCGGAAGCUUCUUGUACAGCACCGGGAUCUGCACCCGCGUCGAGCGCAACUUCCAAACGUCCGACCUCAUUGCCCCCGCGUUCCAGAGAUGCGAGACCUUCAUGGACUUGGUGAUCGUUGUGGACGGCUCCAACUCCAUCUAUCCGUGGUCUGAGGUCCGGGACUUCGUCACAAACAUCCUCAACAAGUUCAACAUCAGCCCGCAACAGACGCAGGUGGCCGUGUUGCAGUACGGCUCCAAGGUGGUGCAUGAGUUCCGACUGGGUGAGUACCAAACAUCAGAGGCGGUUCUGGAGGCCGCCAGGAGCAUCCAGCAGAGGGGCGGCGAGGAAACUAGGACGGCACUGGCCAUCGACGUGGCGAGGUCGCAGGCCUUCCGACACGGCGGUCGGCCAGGCGCUCAUAAGGUGAUGAUCGUGAUCACUGAUGGAGAAUCUCAUGACAGCCCUCAGCUGGUGGACGCCGUCACCGCCAGCAAGAGGGACAACAUAACCAUGUACUCCAUCGCGGUUCUGGGAUACUACACCCGGCGGGGGAUCAACCCUGACGCUUUUCUCAAGGAGAUCAAGUUCAUAGCCAGCGACCCAAGCGAGAGGCACUUCUUCAACGUGACGGACGAGUCGGCGCUGAAGGACAUCGUGGACGCUCUCGGGGAGAGGAUCUUCUCUCUGGAGGGAACCAGCAGUCUGGGUCGAGGUUUUGGCCUGCAGAUGGCGCAGGGGGGAUUCUCCUUGCAUGUGGUCCAGGAUGGAAUUUUGCUCGGAGCCGUUGGCGCGUACAACUGGAACGGUGCCGUUCUGAAGCAGGCCAAACAACAGAAGGUGGUUCCUCCCAAAUCGGCGUACGACAAUGAAUUUCCAGAGGAGCUGCAGAACCAUGCCGCCUAUCUUGGUUACUCGCUCGGAUCGCUGCUCUCCUCUGGGGGCUCUCAGGUGCUUGUGGCUGGAGCUCCGAGGUUCAACCACAGCGGGAAGGUCAUCGCGUUCACCUUGGACAACAACGGGAACAUGACCAUCUUGCAAGCGCUGUUGGGAGAGCAGAUUGGAUCAUAUUUCGGCAGUGAGUUGUUAACGAUGGACGUUGACAGAGACGGACAAAGUGACAUCCUCCUGGUGGCGGCACCCAUGUACUGCAGUCACGGCUGGGAGGGAGGAAAAGUUUACAUCUACACCGCCACACCUCAGGCUCCAUUAGUCCUGCAGGGGGCGCUGGUCCCCGACGCCUCUGACAACUCACGUCUAGGCUCUGCGAUGGCGCAGAUUCCUGACAUAAACGCUGACGGCUUUAAUGAGCUGGCGGUGGGCGCGCCGCUGGAGGACGACCACCAGGGGGCGGUGUACAUCUACUCCGGCCACAACAGAAGCAUCAGGCGGCGCCACAAGCAGCGCCUGUCAGCCGCCGACCUCGACGUCGGUCUGAGCUACUUCGGUCGAAGUCUUCACGCCGUCCUGGAUGCCAACGCCGACGGCCUCGCGGAUCUGGCGGUGGGAGCGCUGGGAGCCGCCGUUGUCAUGUGGUCACGAGAGGUGUUGCAGCUUGAGGCGACGCUGACCUUCGAGCCGGAGAAGAUCAAUGUCUUCAACAAGGACUGUUGGCGAGGGUACAAUCUGGUCACGUGCAUGUCGGCCAUUGUCUGUCUGCAUCUGCGCUCCUUCGCCGCAUCCGGCACGGACCAGGCGUCCAAGGUCGCGCUCUGGUUCGUGCUGACGCUCGAUAAAAAUCGCUUCCCUCCCCGAGCGCUUCUGGACUCACUCGACCGGCGCCAGCCUAAAACCAUGUUAGUGAGGAUAGGAAGUUCUCAGUGCCAACGUCUCAAUUUCGCUGUGCAGGACACGAUGGAUUACGGGCGUCCCAUCCCAGUGAGUUUGGAGGCGGGGAUUUGGAGCUCAGAUGAGGGGCCGGUGCUGGACCCUGACUCGCCCAAAACGCUCAAGACCGAGCUUCCAUUCUGGAACGGAUGUGCGCAAGAAGAUGCCUGCGUUCCCGACCUCGGCCUCAACAGUCGAACCGACCUCAUGGACGCUAAAGAGUUCUGCAAGUCCAAAGAGGGCGCCACCUGGUCGCUGUGCAGCCAGCAGGUAGGACGGAAAGACCGCAUCUUUGUAGUGCAGUCCAGGCAGAGGAGCGUGCUUCUCUCAGCUAAGCUGAUGAACAAGGGGGAGAACGCUUAUGGAACCUCCAUCCACAUCUCCUCCUCAAAGAACCUCGUCUUCUCCAGCCUCAUAGUCAAGGACCAGUCAGAUAUUCAGAUUGAAUGCUUCUCCGAAGGCCCGCUGGCCAAUCAGAGGAGAUGUAACAUCAGCGCUCCGUUCAUGAAGUUCUCGUCUCAGGUGGCUUUCCGUGUUGAGUUUGAGUUCAGUCCUUCUGUUUUUCUGGACCACCUUCGCAUCGUCAUGGUAGCCAGCAGUGAAGGCGAAGAUGUGUUUCCAGAAAACAACGACAAUGACCUCAUCCUCCCUCUUAAAUACCAGAUGGAGCUCCUCUUCACCAUAGAUCAAAGCCCCGCCCGCUUUGAAAUCCAGUCUUCCCAGGACGAGGACUUUUCCCCCUUCGUCGUCAUGUCUUUCUACCUCCAGAACCUGGCCUGGUUUCCCGUGCGGAAUGUCUCCUUCGCCGCCGACGUUUGGGCCGUGACUCUCCAAGGCAACCGUCUGCUGAGCAUCAGCGAGUUCAGCGUGGACCAGACCACCGCCUCCUGCCUCCUGCCCGCAGCGGCCGAUCAGGUGGCGAAAGCAGAGGACCUGAGUCACCUGACCCAGAUGAACCAGAGUAACAGUGCGAGCGUGGCGGUCCAGUGCCGACUGGAUCUUCCCGCCUUCAAAAGGGUGAAGCUCACCCUAAUAGGAAGACUCCACCGACCCGUCCUGCAGGCGGUCAUCUUCAAGUCCCUGGAGGUGCUGGUCAGCGCCAGCGUCCACUUAGAACCGUCCGCUUCCUACUUUCUGCAGGAGGAGCGGCCUGUUCGACAGAUGACGAUUGAGUUGAGGAAGAACCAGGAUGCGGUCGACAUUUCGGCCAGGGUCGUCCUGGGAAGCUCAGUGGGGGGGUUGCUGCUACUGGCCAUGUUGGUGCUGGCUCUGUGGAAGGUUGGCUUCUUUAACAGGAGUAGGCGGAGCCAGCCGCCAAUGGGAAGCAGGUAGGGGCGCUGUGAAGGAUGCAGGUCAAAAUGGCGGCUGGACUCGAUGACGGGAUUUUAGCCGCCAUUGUUGAUGUUUAUGUUCUUUGCGAGAGGGCGGAGCUUGCAUUUUUCAAGGACAGGCUGAGCACACCCGCAGUCACUCACCAAGGCCCCCUGCUGGUUGGCUGCUUGCGGUACAGGUCAUAAAAGUAACGCGGACUGUUUCAUACAAGUUGGAUUGCAAAGUUAGCGUUCAUUAUUAGCUCUGCGGUCUUUUCAUUUGUGGCAAUGUUAGCUUCUUCUAAGGCAGGGAUGUCCAAACUUUUCCCACUGAGGGCUUCACACUGAAAAAUCAAAGCAUGCAGGGGCCAUUCAGAUAUUUAAAUUUUCAAAACCAUACAUUGUUUUGGGUUUUUUUAAACUCUCGGGCUCCCCUUAAGUUUGGUUCUGGGGACCCAGAA